UAUUUGAUUUGUCAUUCGUCGCUUGAUUUUUUUUUGGACCUGAUCAAACUUAAAUUUCAGUCAGAGUAAAAUGCCAACAACUUUUAUUCCCCACGCCAAUUUGAUCACUUCGGAAAGUACCGAAUCCACGGAACCGCCCUAUCCCACCAUCGAAACCAUUAGACCAACUCCGCACACGGAUGCUCCGGAUCAUCAACGAAUGCUGCAAGAAAUGACAUUUCAUGCGAUUCAUUCACGGUUACUGGAGAUUGAUCUCAAGAUGAGCCGAUUAGAGUCGAACUUUUGCGAGGCAUUCUCUCGGAUAGAGGCCAAUGUUGCCAAAUGCUAUAGGGCCAUUACUUCGGUGAAUGAAUCCAUAGACCGGUUGAACAGAACUGGACUAUACGCAGUUGGGUCACAACCCCGAGAUGUAGUGAUGAAUCAAUGGAUCCGCGGCGCAACGAAUCAAGUGGAAACCGCGUCUUUAUCGGAACACAUUUUGAAUAGCCCGACGACCUCAUACACUAACGGCUAUAUGAAUCGCCGACGUACUGGCGUUCUGAAUCGCCUCAAGAAUCAGGUCAAAAGCGCUUUCAGUGUCCCGUGCGUUGUGACGCCCACCUUGGUAAUUUAUCCCAAUUCAACCCAAACAUCAGCUCCGUCCCUGGGUACCAUGGCGAACCAACAACAACAACCACAACAGCCAUAAUAUCCAAGUAGGCUGUUAAUGCAACAUUCGUAACAUUUUUGGGAACUUUUCUAAUCAGACGCUAAAUUUGAAGUCUCCGCAAAACUUUAAUAACUGGAAAUUCAAAAAUGUCCGUGAAAGAAAUUUACUUCAACAAAAACGCCAAUUUUAAUGAAUCGGUUGUCGAAUUAACCGAAUUGGCACCGAAGAAAGUCGUCCCAUUGACGGAGGAGCUUCUCCACGAGAAACAUUGUACCAUUUCGGAGGACGUCCAGCAGCAGCUAAUAUCCUUCGAGCAGCGCCUGCUCAACGUAGAAGCGAGGAUAGAUCGCUUGCACGAUAUAUGCGAAGAAUGCGUCCAAAGCAUCCAGGUGGAAUGCGGGUCAGAGCUGGCGAGUGUCGUGAGUUCCGUUCAACAACCAUCAGAAACGGAAGAGGUUCAGGAACGUCAAAUAAUGAAGUAUAUUGCCAAAAAGGAAGACACUGCUGGUUCGAGUGUGUCGCUGAACGAGCAGUACGAACGAGAGAAGUCCCUGGAAAGAGUACGGGAGGCCAAUAUUCACCGAAUGCGACGCAACAAACAGUAUCGCGAUUUGCUGCUGAAUGGGGUCAGCUUGAAUCCGUGCAGCUGCAAGCGAUUUCACGAAGAACUACCAACGAGUUGUUCGAGAGAUGCCCCUGACGUGGAGAAGAUCUGUAAGUUCAAAUGAAAAGCGAACGAUCAAAAUCCGAGGAAUUUUCGCACUGGCAAUAAAACCUUUCGUGUCCAAUCA